AUGAACCAGUGGAUGGUGGCAGAGGGGAUCGAGACAAACGCCUUCCACUACGGCGCCAUCAUCGACGCGUACGCGAGGGGCGGCAGGUGGAGAGAGGCGUUGGAUGUUCUCGGCUGCAUGGCGUCUCGCUCGGUCGAGGUGAACACUAUUGUUUGCAGCACGGCGGUCAGCGCUUGCAAGAGGGGCGCUCGCUGGCAGCAUGCUUUGUGCAUUCUUGGCGACAUGGUCCUGCGUGCCGUCGAGGUCAACUCAUUCACGCACAGCGACGUCAUAGCUUGUUGCGAGAGGGGUUCUCAGUGGUCGCGGGCAUUAGAUGCCUGGAGCAUUGCCAAGGAUAGCAUCAAGUCCAGGCUGGAUAUUGUUGCGCGCAGCAGUGUCAUAAGCGCGCUCUCGCGUGGAGCCCAGUGGAGAGCAGCACUGGACCAGCUGAAGGACGCGGAGUCAGACCGCCUCACGCCAGAUGCUGUGAUGUACAAUGCCACCCUCAGCGCGUGCGAGAAGGGGAGCGCGUGGGCCGACGCGUUCCGGCUGCUCUCCACCAUGCGCCGCGGCUCCCUGCGCAUGGACGAAGUCACAUUCGGUGUUGCGAUCAACGCCUGUGACCGCGGCAGCAGGUGGGCAGAGGCCGUAGCCCUCUGGGCGGAUAUGUGCUGCAGGAGAGGCUCGAGUUCAACCCGGUCAUCUACAUGA